UGCAAAAGUUGCACUUGAGUUUGAAGGUCGACUAUUCACAUAUUCGGAGGUCUUGAGGAUCACUGACAACUUCAAGAGGGUUCUUGGCAGAGGAGGAUUUGGAACAGUUUACCAUGGCAGCUUGGAUGACAGUACUCAAGUAGCUGUGAAACUGCUUUCUUCCUCUUCAAGGCAAGGACAUAAAGAGUUUCAGGCAGAGCUCAAACUUCUGAUGAGAGUACAUCACAGAAACCUUACAAACCUUGUCGGGUGCUGCAACGAGGGCGCUCAUUUGGCCAUUUUAUAUGAGUUCAUGGCUAAUGGAAACCUAAAGCAACAUCUUUCAGAUAGAAAAGAAACUAGUUUGAGUUGGGAAGACAGAUUGCGGAUAGCAGUUGGUGCUGCUCGAGGAUUGGAAUACCUACACAAAAGCUGUAAGCCACCCAUAAUCCACAGGGAUAUUAAGUCCACAAACAUCUUAUUAAAUGAAAAAUUUGAAGCCAAAUUAGCUGAUUUUGGCCUAUCCAGAAUUUACCCCUCAGAAGGUGGCACUCAUGUUUCCACAGUAGUUGCUGGAACCCCUGGCUACCUUGACCCUGAGUAUAAUAUAACAAAUCGGUUGAACGAGAAGAGUGAUGUUUAUAGUUUUGGGGUUGUUCUUUUGGAGAUAAUCACGGGCCACCCCGUGAUAACAGAAGUUGAAAAUGAAGAUAAGCACAUUCACAUCAGUCAGCUGGUUACUUCCAUGGCUUCAGAAGGACAUAUUGAAGACAUUGUUGAUCCUUGUUUGUUGGGAGAGUUUGAAGUUGUUUCUGCAAAGAAGGCUGUUGAAGUAGCACUGAAAUGUACAUGUCAUACCUCCUCCAAAAGGCCAAGCAUGAAUGAGGUGGUGGUAGAAUUGAAAGAGUGCCUGGCAAUGGAGUUAGCUCGAAAAACCAACAGCCGUGGCAUUGGCCCUCAUCUUGCAAGAGAAAUAAACAGUAUGAAUUGGGACAGCGAGUCUUCUCUCCAACCAAGAUAGGGCGCUUAAGAAAAUGCAGUACUAUGACAAACAAUAGCAAAUCUUUGUUCCUUCUUUCCUAAAUGAUAUUCUGAAAUUGUCAAAAUUAAAGUCAGAGAUAGAAAUAAAAUUGUGGACAAUUGGGCUGACAGACUAAUGUGUGUUUUACUGAUAACCAGAGACCGCAAUGUG